UGGUACAUUUCCGAUCGGUUAGCGUUGCGCAUCGGAAUUGUAAAUACUGCCGAUGCCUUUUCCGCUAGUGACACUCCUCUUUAAGCCCGAGUCCAUUAGUUCAAACUCGCCUGCUGCUGCAAGUACCGCCAUUCACAUCGUAACGUAUUGUAAGAUACAGCAUAUGAAGUUUAAGUUCCUGAAGACAUUGCGUGCUGUGAAUCUAAAUAUGGAAGAGCAAGGUUCAAAGAAGUUCACACUUCCCUUUUCCAUCUUCCAUUUGGGUUUCUUCGUCUUGACGCUAGUAGUUUUAACGGUGAUGGCUUUAAAUGUUCAUCAGUUGAAGUCUGGUGGCUAUGAAGCAGAUGUCAAAUGGAAGAAAUAUCCAGAUCCAAUGUUUAAACACAGAGAAGAACAGUCGAAGGAGGAGAAUCUGACUCUUUGGACUUCCAGGCUUUUGCAAUGCGGCUACCAGAAUCACAGGUUCACCGCCGAGGAAAGGUCAGAGGGGACAGUCCUGAUGAAAUUGAUCGAGUGGCCACAUCCACCCAAACCUGCUGUGCCUUUUCUGAAGAGCAGCAAUCCAUCGCUUACUCGCUUUGUCAUUUUAGAUUCUGGCAAGACUUUCUACGUUGGAGAUCAGUUGCAGGUGAUUCUGCGAAUGCUUGACUUUGCAGGAAAUACAAAGCAAUAUGGGGGUGACUAUCUCCAGGCACGCAUCCACACCCCCGAGUUAAAAGCUGGUGCAGUAGGAACAGUUGUAGAUAGACAAAAUGGGUUUUAUUACAUCAAUUUUACCUUAUUAUGGCCAGGGAAAGUGCAAGUGUCUGUUUCCUUGGUUCAUCCCAGCGAAGGGGUCCAAGCACUUGAGAGAAUACGGGACGAAUUCCCGGAUAGAGUGUUUUUUAGAAGCACUUUCAAAUCAGCAAAAUCCUCGGAGACCACAGUGUGCAAUCUGUGCCUGCCUCAGACUAAACCACUCUGUAACUUUACUGAUCUCAGGACUGGGGAGCCCUGGUUCUGUUAUAAACCAAAGAUGCUUCCCUGCUCUUCCCGUGUCAACCACGCAAUGGGAGGUUACAAGCAGAAGCUCUUAACUGGAGGCGAAGUCAAUUAUUUCAGCAGUGGGAAAAAUGUCAAGAUGCCAAUAUUACCCAAUGGUCAAGGUUAUGUAAUUGUAGAGCCUUCUCCUCAUGCAGACAAAGGUCUCAGCGGCUGUCUCCCUGGCACGCCAUUGCAUUCACCAUCCGGAUUUUAUUAUAAGGAUCAAUGGGUAUCAACAACCUGUAGCAUCCAACAAUUUGACUCUCCAGCAAAAGUUACCAACUGUCUUCGUAGAAAAAAAAUUUAUAUUUUUGGAGAUUCCACCAUACGCCAGUGGUUUGAAUAUUUGAUAUAUUUUGUACCAGGCCUGAGAAAGUUUGAUCUGGGCAAUUCAAUGAAAACUGGACCUCAUCUUGCUCUGGAUGUGGACAACACAAUCAAGAUAGAUUAUUUUGCACAUGGGAAACCUAUCCGCAUCCAGCCCAUAUCAAGUCAGAACCUGCCAUUCAUUGCCAAUAAAUUGGAUGACAUUAAUGGAGGGAAAGACACAGUUAUAGCCAUCACCAUCUGGUGCCAUUUCAACACUUUUCCAGUGGAAUCUUACAUCCGAAGGUUGCAGAACAUCCGGCAGUCAGUUCUACGCUUGCUCGACAGAAGUCCCGAUACAGUGAUUGUGAUAAAGACUGCCAACGUCCAGGCCCUUCCAAACCAAGUCAGCCUCUACAACAGUGACUGGUUCUCCUACCAACUUGAUUUAGUGAUGCGAAGAAUGUUCCAGGGCAUCAAUGUGGCCUUUGUGGAUGCAUGGGAGAUGACUAUAGCCCAUUACCUGCCACAUGCCCUGCACCCCAAACAAAUCAUUAUCAAGAAUGAGGUUGAUGUGUUUCUCUCGUACGUGUGUCCUUAGAAAAAGGAAUAAAUGCUUCAUUACGUCUGUCCCAACAAUCAUGGGGAUCAUGUAAAAAAGAAUGGAAAGAUUUUGCAUAGAAUAAAUUAGUGGCACUGGGCUUUUUUAAAAUUAAACAUAAAAUAUUGUGAUCUCAGUCGGUUCUGAUUUUAAAAUUAGUUGUAUAUAACAACUAAUUAGACCAUUUGGAAAAAUGGGCUGAAAGAUGGCAGAUGGAGUUUAAUGCUGAUAAAUGUGAGGUGCUACACCUUGGCAGGACAAUUCAAAAUAGGACGUACAUGGUAAAUGGUAGGGAAUUGAAGAAUACAGUUGAACAGAGGGAUCUGGGAAUAACCGUGCAUAGUUCCUUGAAGGUGGAAUCUCAUAUAGAUAGGGUGGUAAAGAAAGCUUUUGGUAUGCUAGCCUUUAUAAAUCAGAGCAUUGAGUAUAGAAGCUGGUAUGUAAUGUUAAAAUUGUACAAGGCAUUGGUGAGACGAAAUCUGGAGUAUGGCGUACAAUUUUGGUCGCCCAAUUAUAGGAAGGAUGUCAACAAAAUAGAGAGAGUACAGAGGAGAUUUACUAGAAUGUUGCCUGGGUUUCAACAACUAAGUUACAGAGAUAGGUUGAAUAAGUUAGGUCUUUAUUCUCUGGAGCGCAGAAGGUUAAGGGGGGACUUGAUAGAGGUCUUUAAAAUAAUGAGAGGGAUAGACAGAGUUGAUGUGGACAAGCUUUUCCUUUUGAGAAUAGGGAAGAUUCAAACAAGAGGACAUGACUUCAGAAUUAAGGGACAGAAGUUUAGCGGUAACAUGAGGGGGAACUUCUUUACUCAGAGAGUGGUGGCAGUGUGGAAUGAGCUUCCAGUGGUAGUGGUGGCGGCAGGUUCGUGUAUCAUUUAAAAAUAAAUUGGAUAGGCAUAUGGAUGAGAAGGGAAUGGAGGGUUAUGGUAUGAGUGCAGGCAGGUGGGACUAAGGGAAAAAAAGUUGUUCGGCACGGACUUGUAGGGCCGAGAUGGCCUGUUUCCGUGCUGUAAUUGUUAUAUGGUUAUAUGGUUAUAUGUGGAUCGUGAUGUAAGUAUAAAUCACUUGGGGGAAAAAAUAUGCAUAUUUAAUUUAAUUUAAUUAAAUUAACAUAUAAAUCA